AUGCUGUUUAAGGCUUCCGGCGAAGACUACGUGUCUCUACGCGAGGUGUGCAGCAUUUUUGAUGCGUCGACAAGAAGGACUGAGCCCAAUACCGUCGACAUCAACUCGCUCAACAAUGAAGCGAUAAAUACGGUAUGGACUGAGCUGCUUCUCUUCCUCAACAGCUGUAGCAGUUCGGUAGGCAGAUUCGUUGUGCACAAUAUCGAUACGCUGUGCAGCAUGUCUGACGGCUCCUGUGAGUUUCUUGUUUCUCUGCUUUUGGCGGGUGUUGCAUCGAUUCUACGCUACUAUUCUCACAUGGGCGAUCGAGAAGCACUUCUGGAUUCAGUUUCCGUCGAAUUUACCGUUCUCAACACCGAGCUAGGGUCGAGAGUCGCCGACAGUCUCCAGUUUUUUGUGGAAAGAGCCCUGAGACUGACAGUCUCUCGCUCACGCGAAGACAACUUCAAGGCAGCAUACGAUGAGCUUAUUUCUUCCAUACACUGCAUAGGGCUCUCUGACGACGACUGGAUGAAUACAAUCUGCGGCGAGAUUGUAGACGGACAUGAGAUGCUAUGCGACAAAUAUAUGGAUGCGGCCGUUUCUGAGGGUCUCAUCUCACCCAUAGUGCUGCUCAUCGCUCCUCCAGAGCCUUCUCUGCGUGUAGCUUUGGAGAAACAAAUUUUGGACAGCUACAGCAGCGAGGCUCUACGAGUACAAAGUGACGGAGAAUGGAGGCACGGGGAGUUUAAUAAAAAGGAACCUCUUGUUUUCAUCUGCAGCUCUUAUUGGCUUGUUGAGCAGAUGAGUGUGCCGAAGGGAGAUGGCUUGCUACACCGGCUGAACGUGCAGAUCAUAGUGCAUGGUGGGUUCUGCGAAAUCGGGGACUCCACUGAGGAGGAAAUUCUGCGCUGCGUGAUCGCCCUGAGAAGCUGCGGCAUUCAAUGGGAGGAAAUGCGAGUCAUGCAGCACAAGGCACCGUCGUACUGGCGACUGGAAGAACCUGUAAGCUUUCGAAGCAACAGCGCACUGGCGCAAGAGUGUGCCAACGUGCUUCUCCUUCUGUUCCGCCGCUUUCUCACUCCAUAUUCUUCUUUCAGCAAACAGCCGUACACGUCGCUUCCGCGCGACAUUUUUUGCUCACGCCGAGGGUGGGAUCUCUACCACAGGCUGACGCAAGCGCUGCGUCUCGCCGGGGUCCUGGCGCCUGAGUCGGCUGCUCCCUUCGAAACGAUUGAGUUGACGGUCUUGGGCCGAUUUUUAUCGUACCGGUUUCGAAUCGGAGAAGAGGUGCUGAUCGGUGACACGCUUACUGUCACUGAUGGAAAAGCCAUUUUAUGGGCGUUUUUGUUUCGUCAACCGCUAAACGUUCCCCUCGACGUUAUCAAAAGCUGUCAUGCGUUUGAUUCGUGGGUGGAUGCUGCGGUUGCAAACUUCUGCAAAGCGUACCGACUGGAGUUCGAACCCGAGGCGAGUACACCACGAAAAGCACUUGUUGCGCAGCUGGCGCUUUUCGGAAUUGGUGACUGUGCCGUUCGGGACAGAGUGCACUAUCUCCUUAGUUCACCCAGUGGCGUUCGGCUUCCGCUGAGACAACACCUUGUCACGGCAGCGCCUACAAGCUGUCGUGGAUGGUACGAGCAGGCUCCCUUGAAUGCAGGCCUUGCCCUGGAGAAAAAAGAGGUGAAUGUCUUCUGCCUACCCCCUAAGUCGGCAUACUGUGAGCUGGAAGCGGUGGAGAAGGGGGUGGGUUUCCACAUACAGUGCCCCAUGGAGCUUUCAUAUCCUCUUAUUGUUGCACAUUCAGUGCUGCACAUUUCGCUGCACAAUGUUUGCGUUUUCAGUGAAACUGCUGACCCAAGCAUUGUGACUCCGCUCCCUACACACCUUUUGGAGUCGGGCGUGAUGUCAAGCUUGUUUGAAGUGACGAGAGGCAAUGCUGGUUUCUGGCUCGACGGCGUCAUGAAUGAAAUUGUGUUGACGUCCUCUGCCUCCUCUGUGCUUGCCCCUUUGACGCUGCAAGGAAGGCAAUACAUACCAUACUGCGAACGUGCGCUUUUCACGCGAAAAAGGCUUCGGGAGGAGAGAGAGACAGUCCAAGUCGGCAAAUCGGAAGACUUCAAAGGCACACUUCCGCGAACCGCAGCGGAGCGCAGCGCUGUGGAGGAGCUGGCGGAGCUUAUCAGGACAAUUGGGCGAGAAAAAGCAGAAAAAGCCGUCCGUGGUAAGAAAGGAUUCAGCUUUUUGGAGCCGUCACAUGAGCUUUACCCAUUCUACCUCUAUAAUUUGAAGCUGUGA